AUGAGUAAAUCAACGUUAACAUUUGUGAGCAAAUUUUCUAUAAUUUUACUAUGUAUUCUUGGUCUUAUUGAAUUGGGAUUUGCUCUAUGGACUGUACUCGAUCAACAAUACAAAACUUUAGCUUAUAAUCUUGCUGAUGUUGGUUAUAUUGAUCUAUGGAUAUUACGAUAUUUAUCACUAUGUUUAUUUGUUUCAUCAAUAAUAACAUUAGUUAUGUGUUUAAUCUUAGUAUGGGGUUUAUAUUCAGCUCAUGUAUUUUUAUUUAUUGCAUCAACAAUGCUUUGUUCGAUUGUCAUUGGUGAGUUUACUAUUUCAAUACUUACAUUUACAAGUAAAUAUGAAACAAGACUUACACUGUUAGAACAAUUACCAAAAUUAGUAAUUACAUAUCGACAAGGUACUGAUGAACGUGCUAAACGUGCGUUAGAUAAACUUCAAUCGACAUUUCGUUGUUGUGGGUCCGAUGGACGUUUAUCCUAUCAAAAUAAUGUACCAUUAAGUUGUAAUAUGUACAGUAUUGGAUGUCUUACACGCACAAUGUUCUUUCUCGAGUCAUGGAUGGAUGUGCUAGCCUAUAUAUUAUUAUUUUUUAGUUUAAUUAAACUUUUUAUUGUUCUAUUUUUCUUCUCAUUAUUAUGUUUAUAUCAACGAAAUGGACGAAAUCGAUUGAAAAAUAAUCGUAAUUUGAUUAAUGGUUCAUCUGCAUGGCGUCAUUCAUUAAGUGUAGAUUCUUCGUCGGGAGAUAAUCUAUCGAAAGCAGUUCUUAUGCCAACAACAAUAAUAAAUAAUGAUGAACAUGGUAAUGUUGAAAAACGAAGUGUUAUACAGAAUGAAUACGAUACCGCAGCAGCAGCAGCAGCAGCAGCAACAUCAUCAUCAUCAUCCAAUCAACGAACACAAAACACAUCUAUGAUAUUACCACCAUCAUCAGCAGCCUAUAACAAUGCAUUGGCAAUUGCCUAUGAGCCGUAUGCAUCAAGAAAAUUAUCGUCGAUAUCCGAGCGAACUGAAAAAAGUGAAACAGAUGAAAGUGAACCUGAUAAUACACGACUGAAAAAUCUUAAUUCCCAACGAAAAGCAAUUAUUACAAGUGUUUAUCCAAAACAGUAUCUACCACUGCUAUCAAAACAAUUACCAAUUGUUAAAAGUCGACGAAAACAUGUACGAGAGGAUGAUAAUGAUUCAGGAGUUGAACGAUCAUCAUCAGAAAAAUCUUUUGAUGAUCAACAAAAAUCACAUGUGAAUAAUUCUACAAUAGCCAAUCCAACUGCCAACUCGAAACAAACAAAUAAUAAAUCUUCUAAUUUACUUGGCUUUUCUAACGUUUUUAUAACAUCCUCAUCACAAAAGGAAACAAAAGAUGAUCAUGUGCCUUCUACUGAUAUUAUUAUGCCGAGACCAAUAUUAAAAAAAUCUAGUCCACAUUCAUCACCCGAUCGAAUAAUAAUAGACUUUCGUGAUCAAAAAAAUCUUUCAUCGACUUAUACAAAUACAUCUCCUUUAUUAUAUAAAAUACCAAAACCGAUUCCACGAUCAACUUUAAAACAAUCAAAACAAGAUGAAAGUCUUGUGUAA